AUGCCGGAUCCCGGGCACGACUUCGACUGGAACCUUCACUCAGCCGGGGAACGACCUCGACCGGGUUCUGGACCCACGUUCGACCACACUUUCAAGGAUUCGGGAGGGCUACUUCGAAUCUACAUCAAGCGGAUUUCAGAGUCCCUGGAAAACUUGAAGCCGAAUUUCACCCACAAAGGAGCAGCAGACACGGACUGGAUGCGAGCCAUCGUUCCCUUGGAGAACAUCACCGAACCAUUCCAGGUGAUUGUGGAAGGCAAACGGGGCAGAGACCGGUACAGUGAAAUCGCAAUUGACGACUUCGCCAUUUCCAGCGGAGCAAUUUGCAGUCCACAAGAAACUGCUCCUCCACCGGAAGAAUUCGAUUCCUGCGAUGGUCGUUGCAAUUCCACUCUCGGGCGGGAAACAUUAAAUUUCAACUGCUUCUGCUUCCUGGGAUGUAACUCGGAUUUGGAAAACACUAAACUUCGCUGUUGUCCGGAUUACAAUAACACAUGCAAGAACAAACUUGUGGAUGUGGAACAAACAUCAACAGCACCCAGGAACGCAACUUCAACUGCAACUUUAGUCACGGAACCAUCGCCGACAACAAGUUCUGGUCGGGACUUGAGUACGGAUGGGAAUAAAUUUGCGACGAACGUCAGCCAAAAAGUCACAGCUACAACUUCAACAAAUCCACAAAGUACGAGUAAUAAUCCCACGCAAAAAUCCACAAUGCCAACUUCAGCGCAGACAAUGACCGCGUCGUUGUCAAAGUCAACGACUGCAGCUGCUGAAUCUGGAACACAAGCUCCUAACGUACCCACGACGAAACCCACAACCCGGGUUCCACAAGAAAAAGCACUUCUGCCUGGAAAACCAACCGAAAGCAUUCCUGUGAGCACUGUUGCAACAAUGUUAAGCAAGCAAACGAAAACCUCCACGGCAUCUUCCACAACAGCAUCAGCAGAACCCGUCAGUGCAGAAGGACGACACGCCAAGUUUGGCGGAAGUACAGAGUCCACAGCAGACCCAUCACCGAGGAUGGGUUCCGAGAACCCCCAAAUAAAUGGCUUUGUUUGGAAAAUUGCGGCAGGGUGUGGAGUUGUGGUCCUUUUGGUGGCGGUGCUGGUUUUCCUCGCCAUUUCCGUUGCUAACAAACGGAUGAAAGGAGGCCGUGAUAGUAGCACUGCCGCGUCUCAUCGCGAUGACAGCGAACAAGGAGAAGCAGAUGCACUUUUCAUACCAGCGACUCCCACAACCGGUGCAAAAAUUCGUCUCGGCAGUUUCGAAGAUUCCUCGGCCAAAUUCGACGAGGAAAUGGAUCUACGGGUCGCGGAUUCAGGAAGAGAGAGGUCCACCGAUACUUCCGGAAAAUCAUCAUCGACUCGCGACCAAGACCGGAACAGCAAGCAGUUAUUCAAGCACAACAUCAGAGGCAAAGCCAUCAAUGCGAAGCAAGGGUCGUGUGACGACGAGAACGACAUUGAAACGCUGCUUGAAGAUCAGGAAGACGAUUUUGAAAACGAUACGUAAAAGUGCACUGACAAUAUUAUGCAAUCACGAUCAUAAGAGAAACUGCAGAUACGGCAUGAUUUUUAAGAUUAAAGUGAAGUCUACGAAGACGAGAAAGCGCGAUCAAAAUAUUCCAUUCGGUUGUGGCAAUAAAGGCUUUGAUUUAUGCAACAACAAAA